AUGUCUGACCAAGACCCAGACCGUUCACCUCGCCGCGUUCUCCCUCCUCAACCUUAUCAGCUCCUCGAUAAGAAUGACGGAUUCACGCCAUACUACGUGCCACCCGCAGAAGCGAACCGUUUCCCCGGUCAUGUCACCCCUUACCUGUCCAACAACCUGAAGCAUCCGGCCGAGGAGUUUGCGGGGCCGCGUAACCUAUUCCCGGGCAGUGACCCCAUCACGGAUGCCAGACAGGGGGAUGGCGAGAGGCCCGGCCAAUUGAGCUACGAGCAGGUUGCAGCCCUGAAAGACGUCAAGGAUAUGACCGUUGUCGAGAGGCAUGCACGUGAUGCGAAGGAGUUCACUACUUCCCCGCCCGAUGCCCUCCCGCAGGCUCAGAAACAACGCUGGGCUCAACUGUACACAGAGCUUUUUAAAAUGCAUGGGGAGUCCGAGGAUAAGGAGAAAAAGCCGAAGGACAAAAAUGAAAUUCCAGAUCAAGAUCCGUACAAGAUACGUCCCCGUGCUGAACUGCGCAAGCUCAAGGAGCUGGCAGACUUGGCUGGAGGAAAGCCGGAAUGA